UUGUUCUUCUCCUCAUACACUGGAGCGUUUUCUUCGGUUUCACUCGCUCCAGCCAGCGCCUUAUAGCGCUUCGCUUCUCCAGGUCAGCUCUUUCGAUCCGGGCAAUCGAAAUUCGAUCACCGCGCGUCUCGAUCGGUGUUCUUGCCGUCGCUAGGGUCGGGCCGCGAAGAAUUCGGAGGAUUUCACUCGGAAUUCCAGCGCAUUGCGUAGGAUCUCGGAGUCGCCAGCAAUAUUUCGGCCAAUGCUUCCGCGAGAAAUCCCCUCACCGGCGUUGUAGCCGGCUCCUGUCCAUGACGCGGCGAUGCUAGAUUGCUGCUAGGAUGGGGAUCUGUUUCUCUGCUGAUAAAUCCGAGAAGGCGGAGAAGGAGAAGAACAAGAAGCACGGGGAUCACGCUGCUAAAGACCAAGUCAAGAACAAGGAGCAGCGCUCAAAGAACCAGUCGGCUCAUGUGGUUCCUCUUGGAAAGAGGACCAAUUUCGGGUAUGGGAGGGAUUUCCAGGCCAAGUACAAGCUCGGCAAGCUCCUGGGCCACGGGCAAUUCGGCUACACUUAUGCCGCUACAAAGAUUGGAUCAGGGGAGAAUGUCGCUGUGAAACGCAUCGAGAAGAAGAAGAUGCUACUCCCAAUUUCUGUGGAGGAUGUUAGGCGGGAAGUGAGGAUCUUACAGCUUCUAAGUGGCCACGAGAACGUUGUACAGUUCUAUGCGUCAUUUGAGGAUGACGACUACGUCUACAUCGUUAUGGAGUUGUGCGAGGGUGGCGAGCUUUUGGAUCGGAUCUUGUCCAAGAAAAAUGGCUGCUACUCGGAGAAAGAUGCCGCGGAGCUUGUGAGGCAAAUGCUCAAAGUCGUUGCUCGUUGCCACCUUCACGGCGUUGUUCACCGGGACUUGAAGCCAGAGAAUUUCUUGUUCAAAUCGCAGAGGGACAACACACCGCUCAAGGCAACAGAUUUUGGCUUGUCAGACUUUAUCAGACCCGGGAGGAGAUUCCAUGAUAUUGUUGGAAGCGCGUAUUACGUUGCCCCCGAAGUUCUCAAGAGGAAGUCUGGGCCGGAGUCCGACGUCUGGAGCAUCGGGGUUAUUACCUACAUUCUGUUAUGCGGCAAACGGCCGUUCUGGGAUAAGACAGAGGCUGGAAUAUUUAACGAGGUGCUGAAGAAGAAACCGGAGUUUCGAAUUAAGCCUUGGCCGUCUAUAAGUGCCAAUGCCAAGGAUUUUGUGAAACGCUUGCUCGUGAAGGAUCCACGGGCGAGGCCGACUGCCGCUCAAGCACUAUCUCAUCCAUGGGUCAGAGAGGGCGGGUGUGCACCUGAUUUCCCACUGGACAUCAUUGUUCUCUCUAACAUGAGAGAGUUUGUCAAGUUCAGUCGAUUAAAGCAAUUUGCUUUUCGGGCUCUGGCUACAACCUUAGAACCGGAAGAAAUUCACAAUCUUCGUGACCAAUUCAACAUCAUUGACGUUGAUGGGAGUGGCACAAUCACUCUAGAAGAAAUACGACAGGCACUCUUGAAGGACCGUCCAUGGACGCUGAAAGAAUCAAAAGUAUUAGAAAUCGUCCAAGCUAUGGACGCCAAUAUGGACGGAUUCAUAGACUUCGACGAGUUUGUUGCUGCCACGCUCCAUGUUCGUCAACUCGAGGAGCUGGAUUCUGAAAAGUGGCAGCUGCGGACAAAGUGCGCGUUUGACAAGUUCGACAAAGACGGUGACGGAUUCAUAUCUCCAGACGAGAUCAAAGAGUACACAGGGCUCAAAGGAUCGCUAGAUACACUGCUGGACGAAGCUGAUGCUGAUGGCGAUGGCCGGAUCAGCUUGCGUGAGUUCCAGAAGCUCUUGAGGCAAGCAAGCCUUGGCUCCCGCACCAAUCACCACCACAUCCAACCUCAUCUCAAGCAUCCCAAGCUUCUGGAGAUGCACGCUCCGAGUCCUAAGAUAAGCGAAGAGUCAUCACAGUAAGAUAUUUGAUGGAAAACAAAGACUCUGACGAGGUAACGAGACAAACUAAACUAGACUAGGAGCUGAAAAGUUCAGAUUUGCGAAAAUAAAGAAAAGAAAAUCCCUAUUAAACUUGA